GCUAUUAUUUUGUUUGCCUAAAUUUCGGUACACAGAACUGACUGAGAAAUUUCAUGGUUUUUCAUUUUUAUAUUUUACUAUCUUUUUUUAAAGUUAAAAUUUUGUAUUCAAUCCGAAAUAUUAUCAGUUGGAUAUUUGACAAAUUUACAAAACAAAAGAAAAAGUGAAAAUCGUGUAUGAACAACAGUGAAGGAGGGCUGUAUUGAUAUAUACUUACAAAAAAAAAACUUUAAAAUAAAAAAAGAGAAAAGAAAAGAAAAAGAAAGAUAUAAUCUAUAAGAGCAGGUUAUCCGAUUCCAACAAAUAUUGUGGAUGGAAAGUCUAAGGUUGGGUGCUAAAGAUUAUAUACAAUUAGAAGAAUCUUGGGAGUGUAAUAGGUAUGGUUGAAAAAGAAUAAUCAAAGAUGAUUAAGAAGGUUUAUUCGUCAAAAAUCACGAGACGCAGCCACAUUAGAGUAGUCCGGCUAAAUUAUGACCCCGUAACAGUUGCCAAGCCAAGACUCCGAUUAAGCAUUUCAGGCAUAAAAGAUAAUCCAAAAGUCGGCGGAGGCUCUCAUAAAAUGAGAAAGAUUUAUUUGAAGGGAUCAACUUCACGACGAAGUUGGGUUAAAAAGUAUACAGAAAGGGUGGCAAAGCAGUAUGCAACUAUGGUGGCGAUGAAGGGAAAAAACCAAAAUGAAAGUCUGAUAAGUUGGGUUUCAUUUGCCAGAGUAUACGCCAAUCAAUUACCUGCAACUAUUAUUACUUUGGCCAUUUACAAGGGAAAAUUUUUAAUUAAAAGACGUUGGGCACGCCAAAAGGAAGGUUGCAGAAGGGUUUUGAGUUUAGAGUUAUAUCUGAAGGAGAACCACGGCGGUUUAAGAGAUAGAAAAAAGCUCACGAUCGGAAAAGCCAACCAUGAUUGCAAGGAGGAAGCAGCUCCUUUGAGAUACGUUUCUAUUCUCAAAACAGAACUGCCAGAAUCAACUCUUGGUUGGCCACUUCUUCGAAGUAGUGACAGUGAGCAGUAUUUAAGAAGAUCAGGACCUCCGGAAAUGUCUGUGGUUCAGUGGGUAAUGAGCCUACCCAAUCGGUUUCAGGCUGAUACUUUUAUUGACCAAGAGACCGAUAUUUCUACCGUGGAUUCGGAGGUUGAGAGAGAUAGUCUCCGGUUGAUUCAAUCUUAUGAUGACAAAAUUAGCCACUGUGAUUAUCACUCGGAACUUGUUUCUGAACAGCAAGUGAAAAUCGGCAAGAGUUCUGUUUCUUCAUGUCUAAACGAGUCGACACUAUCAAUUCCUGGUUGGCCUCUUCUCCAUAUAGCUGUGGCGUCUCUGGAUUCCUUGAGAGAAUCAGAAAUUGUAUGCAAUCCAAAACAAAUAAAAGUAUCUCCCCUGCCCCAGUUCGAUAUGGUUUCCAAUAAAACCAGAAAUCCUAGCAAACGACAUGCUUUUCACCCCGGGAUUAUGAACAAUGAGAAUUGCUUAGUAACACCAGAAAUCCUAGUCAAUGAGCUGGUGCAUCUUGUCAGAACAAAUUCAUCAGGAUGUACAAGGUUCAGCUAUGCGGAGUUGAAGAUUGCUACUAACCAAUUUUCCCCAGAUAAUCUUAUAGGAGAAGGGGGGUGUAGCAGUGUAUACAGAGGAUGUUUUCCAAGUGGAAAAUCAAUAGCAGUCAAGAUUCUAAAACCAUAUAAGGAAGCUUGGAAUGACUUCUCCUUGGAAGUAGAAAUACUUUCUUCAAUUACACACAGACACAUUACACCUCUUGUUGGCUUAUGCGCAGAAGAUAUCCAUCUUAUUUCAGUCUAUGACCUGUAUCCCAAAGGGAGUUUAGAGGAAAACUUGCAUGGUCGUUGUGGAAGUUCUAAGUUGCCUUGGAAAGUGAGGUUUAAAGUGGCAGUCUCAGUUGCCGAGGCUCUAAAUUAUCUGCACAAUGAUGGUCCUCGGCCUGUUAUUCACAGGGAUAUAAAAUCUUCCAAUAUUCUUCUUACCGAUGAGCUUCAGCCACAGUUAUCGGACUUUGGGCUUGCUAUAUGGGGAUCUACAAACUCUUAUGUGCUGCACAGUGAUGUUGUUGGGACUUUCGGGUAUAUUGCUCCAGAAUAUUUCAUGAAUGGAAGGGUCAGUGACAAAAUUGAUGUAUAUGCCUUUGGUGUUAUUCUUCUCGAACUACUAUCGGGAAGAAGGCCAAUUAGUAAUGAGGUACCAAAAGGACAAGAGAGUUUGGUCAAGUGGGCAAAGCAUUUAUUGGAGAGAGGGGAUACUAAAGCAUUGCUGGAUCCAGAGUUGAAUGGGGACUUCGAUGAUGUUCAAGUGCAGAGAAUGGUUUUGGCAGCAAGGCUUUGCAUUUCACAGUCAACUCGAGUUCGUCCAAAAGUGAGCCAGAUACUAAAGCUAUUAAGAGGGAAGGAGGAGGCUGAAGAGUGUGUUGACCAUGUCAUGGAUCCAAAAGAGUUAGGUUAUGAAGACGAUGAUGACCUUGUUCUCGAAUUUGGCUGCCAGAGGCAAUCGGGUCUUGCAUCGCUUGAUGCAGGCAGCGCUAUAGCAUCAUCAACUUGUGCAGGAACGUCUCCAGAAAAGGUCCACCGUCGAACGUUGAAAGACUACCUUGAAGAGCUGCAAGACUAAUCAUAUAAUCAUUAUCCCUAUACUGUAUAAAAAGAAGUAUUCAAAAAUACGUGGCAAAGUAGCGGAUACAUGGUACAGAUUUACACAGUUGGAGAUGAGGCUCCGUGAAUUUUUUAUUUUAUUUUAUUUUGUUUUGUUAUUUAUUCAUCAGUUCGUUCUAAAAACUUCUACAUAUAUUA